AUGAGCACUGCCGGACCGGGGGCCUCUCCCUCGGUACCCCGGCCGCAUGAAUCAGUCGCCGGCUCUCGUCGUCCUCCAUCUGCAACCUCAUCUCCGAAUGGGAAAUCUGACAAGGAAUCCCAACAAGCAACAAAACGUCCAAAAUCGAUGAGUGAAAAUCCGUUAUUCCAAGCUUCGCCUAUGGUGAAAGAUGUAGCAAACCAUGCAACGCAGUCCAUGGCACAAGGGGAGGAUUCUCAACCGCCCAACCCUGAGAAGCAAUGGCGUUCGACGGCUUGGACGUCAGGCCCAAGGAAUUUGUUUAGUGAGGUCCUCGCCGAGGAUGUAUGGUACAUAGUCGAUUCAGACUCUGAAGACGUCACGGCGGCGAUGAAGGAGGAUGACGUGGAUGAUGAGGUCCCCGAGGAUGACGACCCACGGUGUCCAACCAUACCAUUUAAGGCAAUGGAGAAACAGCGGUAUCAUCGUAAAUGGAGGUCCGACCUGAUUGUCAAGGCGUUGGGCAGGACCUUUCCGUUUCAAGUUGUCUCCCGACGACUGGAGUCUUUGUGGGCAAAAUGUGGAACAUUGCAAAUAUCAAGCUUAUCCUGGGGUUUCUAUGUUGUCCGGUUCACUACUCAAAUGGAUUACGAGCAAGCGACGGCAGGGGGGCCUUUGAUGAUUGGUGGUCACUACCUGACCGUGCGGCCUUGGAGAAAGGGGUUAAACCCUAGGACUGGGGAAGUGGCGUCAACAAUGGUGUGGGUGAGGUUACCUGGGCUUCCGAUUGAGUUUAUCAACAGGGAGGCUGUGGAGCGGAUUGCGUCCAGGAUUGGUCGACCGAUCAAGGUGGAUAAUGCUACUCAGAAUGGAGACAUGGGAAGGUUUGCUCGUGUUUGUGUCGAAGUUGAUCUUACCAAACCCCUUCUUUCACAGUUCAAGAUAGAAAGGUCGACGUAUUAUAUUGAGUUCGAAGGGUUACACCAGAUAUGCACGGAAUGUGGGCGGAAUGGCCACACGACCAAGACUUGUCCCAACCUUUUCAAACCGUCUAAGAAGGAACCGGUGGAAAAGGAAAAGGAAGAAGUGGCUACCGCGGUGCAACACCCACCAAACUUUUACGGGGAAUGGAUGAUAGCCAAGCCACGGUCCCGUAAGAAAGCUAGCAAACGUGAUGUUGCUCCCAACACCGGUCAGUCGCAACCUCCAAGUUCAACGACUUUGGCAUCGGGGUCUCGAUUCGUUGUUCUGGUGGACGAGGAAGAAGAAGAGUCUAUCACUCCGGCAACGGAACCAAUCACACAAAACGACCAGCAAGUUGAGGUGCUUAUGGUUGGCGCCAGGGUUACUGAGUUGGAGCCUAGGAGUUCCGCUUCGAACGAAGCUACGGUAGGGACCACCACAGAAGUGACUCAUGUGGCGACUACAUUUCCGGCUGUGUUCAAGGCUCAGGCGCCGAGCAAGUUAGUUGCGGCUCCCGUGAUCCAAGAGGCCUCCCUGACCAAGGGGAUGGCCAACAAUGGGGCGAAGCACAAUAAGGGACACGGGAAGAAAAAAAGUGGAUAA